UCUCCAGGCCUUACAUCCGAAGCAGACUGCCAUCACUAUGGGUCCUUCUCCAGACAUGUUCCCUGAGGCUGGCUCCCUGUGGCUACUACAGCUGCUCAGGAACAUCCAGCUGGCCCAGUUUUAUCGACCCAUCCUUGAAGAACUUAAUGUCACUCGGCCAGAGCAUUUCCACUUUGUAAGGCCUGAGGACCUGGACAGCAUUGGCAUGGGCCGCCCUGCCCAGCGCAGACUGGCUGAAGCACUCAAGAGGCACCGUUCAGGGGUCAAGUCCAAGAACUGGGUCUACAAGAUCCUUGGAGGGUUUGUCCCUGAGCAAAAGGAGACCAUCCCACCCUCAGACAGGCCUCCAAACCUCCCUGAACCAGAGGGGGGACUCAAGUGUCUGAUCCCAGAGAGUGCUGUGUGCAGAAGGGAGCUGCUGGGCUCAGGCUGCUUUGGUGUAGUACAUCGAGGACUGUGGACACUGCCUAGCGGCCAGAGUGUCCCAGUGGCUGUGAAAUCCCUCCGAGUAGGUCCUGAAGGCCCUGUAGGCACAGAGCUGGGAGACUUCCUGAGGGAGGUGUCUGUCAUGAUGAAAUUGGAGCACCCACACGUGCUGUGUCUGCAUGGCCUGGUAUUGGGCCAGCCUCUACAGAUGGUGAUGGAGCUGGCACCACUGGGCUCCCUGCAUGCUCGACUGACAGCCCCGGCCCCAACACCCCCACUCCCCGUGACUCUGCUCUGCCUCUUCCUUCGGCAGUUGGCAGGGGCUAUGUUGUACCUGGGGGCCCGCGGGCUAGUGCACCGGGACCUCGCUACAAGAAACCUGUUGCUGGCAUCACCCUGCACCAUCAAAGUGGCGGACUUUGGGCUGGUGCGGCCGCUGAGCGGUGCCCGGGGCCGCUAUGUGAUGGGUGGUCCCCGCCCCAUCCCUUAUGCCUGGUGUGCCCCAGAGAGCCUUCGCCAAGGAGCUUUCUCCUCAGCCUCUGAUGUGUGGAUGUUUGGUGUGACACUGUGGGAGAUGUUCUCUGGGGGCGAGGAGCCCUGGGCUGGGGUCCCGCCAUACCUCAUCCUGCAGCUACUGGAGAAGGACCGAGCUCGGCUGCCAAGGCCUCCACUCUGCUCCAGGGCCCUCUACUCUGUCGCCUUGCGCUGUUGGGCUCCCCAUCCUUCGGACAGGCCUAGUUUUUCCUACCUGGAGGGGCUACUCCAAGAGGCCUGGCCUUCUGAGGGACGCUGUGUGCGGGAUGUCACAGAGCCAGGAGCUUUGCAGAUGGAACCUGGUGACUCCAUCACCAUCAUUGAGGGCAGCCCUGACUCUACAACGUGGAAGGGACAGAAUGGCCGCACCUUCAAGGUGGGGGGCUUCCCAGCCUCAGCAGUGAUGCUUGCAGACUCAGGGAGCUCCUCAGCCACCCGUGCAGUCCACAGGGGCUCCCCUGGUAGGAGACAGCGAUACCAAGGGAACACAGACAGGGACAGAGAGAAGGAAAAGCCUCAGGAUCUACCUCCAGCACAGGGCCAGAGAAGGAAAGUGCCCCUGCAGAGGAUGAAAGGCAUUUCUAAGAGUCUGGAGUCAGUUCUGUCCCUGGGCCCUCGCCCCACAGGGGGUGGUUCCAGCCCCCCUGAACCUCGACGUGAAAGAGCUGUGCCUCCAGGACUCCAAGGCCUGCCUCCACACCCACCCUUUACCUCCAGUUUUUCUCAGCCUAGCCAGCCCCCUAGAGAAAGGCCUCCCAGGCCCAAAAGAGAACCCCUACAUAAUCACCGCAUUAACACGCCUGGAGCCAGUAAAGCCACUGUCCUCUCUGGAGGCCUCUUUCCUGACACUGAAUGGCAGAGGAGGAUAACAGAGGUGGAGGUGAGUGUGCAUGGAGUCACCCACCAGGAAUGCCAGGUGGCACUAAGAGCCACAGGGGGAGAUGUGGUUUCUGCCAUCCAGAACCUCAAGGUAGAACAGCUCUUCUAUCUGAGUAGCCAGUCCAGAGCUGACUGCCGGCGCAUCCUGGAGCAUUAUCAGUGGGACCUCUCAGCCGCCAGCCGCUACGUCCUAGCCCAGUCCUGAGCUCUACUUCCUAGGGCACAGACACCAGCAUGAAAUCCCCGGACCCCUCAAGGCCUGGCCAUAUGAAAACAAGCAAAAUCAGAAUUAAAGUCUUGACAGCGUUAAGGUUAGACGUUACCACCUAAGGAGAUCCUACUUGGUCCUGGCAGGUACAGAAAGUACUCAGGGAAGCCCAGGGUUAGGCACCAAUGAGUUUCCUCCCUACCCUGUCCCCUGCCUCUGAGGGCCUAAAAAUCCUUGGCUGGGAUAAGAAAGACCUAAUCCACUCUUACAUCAUCAAGUAGGAGGAAGACCUGAAGGAAAAGAGCUGCAAUAUAGCAUUUAUGGAGGAAGCUUCUACUCACUACAGUCUGAUCAACUGGUUAUACUGGACUAUGUGAACAGCCAUCCUGGAUUGCCAUUUGCUACCUCACUGGACUUUGUGAGACAGCCAUCUUAGAUGGUGGAAGUGGCCAUAUUGACUUGGGACACAUGGCCCAAAUUGCCUUGGUUUAGGCAAGGGCU